AUGCACAUCUCGUUUAUAAGGGUGUCCUGGAAAGACAAGGCGACGAGAAAUAGCAUUGCAAAAUCUGCACAGCCGGGCAGCGAAUUCACAGACAACCCGAACCGAGCUGAGCCAGACCGAACCGGACCAGGACCGGGUGGCGCCCGGCAGCAGGGAUGGCUUUACCAGCCCAACGCUCUGGAGAGACACACUAGCAGCAUCCUCGGCUGGGCUUCUGUUCUGUGGUCUCUCUCUUACUACACAUCUCCACUCCUUGUGUUUUAUCUCUACAGAAAAGGGUACAUCUGCUUAUCUAAACUGGUCCCAGUUGGUCAGUAUACUGGAACGCUGCUUAUCCUGUUACUGGGAGUGGCCUGCCUGAGAGGAAUAGGCAGAUGGACCAACCCUGAGUACGUCCAGUUCAUCACUAUUCUGGAAGAGUCCAAGAACAACAACAGUCCAGGGAACAAGGAAGGGACAGUCCCCAGGGGGCGUGUCCUUGCUGAAGCCAGAGCCAAAACACAGAGGGGCGACGGACAGCGGUCUGAACUCGAUGGGAAAGCUGCCGUGUCAGAUUAUCAGUUACUUGAUAGCUAACUCAUUUGGGCGGAGAAUGCUGUACCCUGGAUCGGUUUCCCUCCUGCAGAAAGCCAUGAUGCCCAUGCUGAACCAGGGGCAGGCACGCCUGGUG